AUGGACGUCGUACUCGAGGUCCUCGACACCUUCGUCUUCGAUCGAUUAUACGCGAACCUCCUCCCCAUAUCCUCCGCAGUCACCUCUUUCGCCCCCAUAAGCCCCAUCGCCGCCAGCUGGAAGGGCUACGCCGUCAACUCUUCCUACGCGUCGCCGUACGAGGGCCGCUACACAACCAAUGGCUGGCAAUAUGCACCCGCGAGCUCGUCUUUCAGCAUACAACCGAGCGACUAUGCGUACAUGAGCAAGUGGGAUCGCGACAACAUCUGGAGACAGUUCAUCACGCUAUAUGUUAUCACAUGCAUCUUCGGUCUCUUCAUAUACUUCUUCUGCGCCACCAUCAGCUAUGUCUUCGUCUUCGAUAAGACGACCUUCCAACAUCCCAAGUACUUGAAGAACCAGAUGCGAAUGGAAAUCCGACAGACCAUGGAAUCGAUCCCAAUCAUGGCCAUCUUCACAGUGCCGUUCUUCGUUGCAGAAGUCCGCGGCUAUUCCUUCAUCUACGACAGCGCUACGAACCCAGGCUUCGAGCACCCCCUGCUGAAGACAUUCGGAUCACUAUACAACUGGAUCCAAUUCCCAAUGUUCCUCAUGUUCACCGAUUUCUGCAUCUACUGGAUCCACCGCGGUCUGCACCACCCGCGUAUCUACAAGACAUUGCACAAGCCACACCACAAGUGGAUCAUGCCAACACCAUACGCGAGCCACGCUUUCCACCCUCUCGACGGCUACAGCCAAAGCGUGCCAUACCACCUUUUCCCAUUCAUCUUCCCACUGCAAAAGUUCGCCUACAUCGCGCUCUUCACCUUCAUUCAGAUCUGGACGGUUAUGAUCCACGACGGAGAGUAUGUCGCCAACAGCGCGGUGAUCAACGGCGCCGCAUGCCACACAAUGCACCACUUGUACUUCAACUACAACUACGGCCAGUUCACGACUCUCUGGGACAGACUUGGUGGAAGCUACAGAAAGCCAAACAUGGAGCUCUUCUACAAGGAGACCAAGAUGAGUCAGGACGAGUGGAACAGACAAGCGAAAGAGAUGGAGCAGAAGGUGAUUGAGGUGGAAGGCAAGGAUGACAGGAGUUAUGGCCCACCAGAGAGCGUCGCCAAGAAGGUUCAAUAG